CCUUGCUUCGACAAUUGUCUUAUCCUAACAAAACCACAGAUCUCCCUCUUUGACACGGAAGAACCAGUUUUUUGAGAGCCACACGUCUACAUCGUCACAGACGAAGCCAAAGCCUGAGCCUGAACCACAUCCAGCACCACCUGUAAUCAUUCUCUCGCGCAACAAAGAACCAGCAUCUUCGUCUCCACCAGCUCGGUCUCCUCCUCUCUCACCGCGUCCACGGAUGCCCAACGGUCCCGUAGAAAGCACCCGUGACACCACCACCGUCGAAUCCACACAUAAGUACCGCACAAUGGGCUCUAAAGCUAGUAAGCUUGCACCCAAGGGCGGCAAGCUACAAUCAUCGCAGGAGAAGAAGGACAAGGAGGAGAUGAAGGAGCCGACAAACUACUACACACACAGGAGCAAGAGCAUGAGGAGAAAGGCUGGCAAGGAAGCCAACAGUGACGGUGCGGGUGGAUCUGGUGGUGGAUCUGGUGGCGGUGCUGGUGGUGCGGUCUGAAAAGGCGAUAGACGACAUGGUAGACAAGAUAUCAUUUGGUAUGAGAUUAGGUCCGGCGUCGUUUCUGGCGUUUAGUUGGUUUAUUUUCGCUGCAGGAAGCCCUCAAUACGACUUCUGAGGGCUCUAUUUUGGACGUUCCCACAGCUUCUCCACAAGCGCAUACUUUGGCUUACCAAAAGCGAUUACUAUGCGCAACGCCUUGCGCCUACUCAGCCCUUUUUCACACAACCAUACGGUACUUUAGCAAAUCACCCUCCACGAUUUUUCCCUUCAUCCCACGCAUCUCCAGCAUGACCCUUCAUCUGCGGCGUCACAACUGCACCAGGGUGCAGCGCAAACCUAUUCCUAUCAACAAUACGUUCACUAGGCUUUGUGCAGGAGUGGAGAGUACUUUCGG